UCUCACAAUUAGAUCACUAUCGUUUUGCGACAAGUUUACAUUUCUUUUGAGUGCUCGUAUGUGAACAUAAGGAUGGUUAAUAGAAGAACAGUGUUGUUUUGUUUGUGAUAAUGAGUCCUGUUGUAACUAUUCAUCAAAUUAUGGGUAACAACACAGAUGCGCAAGUGCGAAGGAAGUUGGAACCUGGAACUAGUCGCUGGCGUCGAUUCCGUAACAGAGUAUGCGGGGCUCUUGGCCUGCCAAUCAAGCGUGGGCCAACUAAGCCCACUGAUUGGUUUUUGGAUAAAUUUGCCGUUGAGGAGUUUUAUGAUAAUGACGAGCCGGAGGAGCAAUGCGGCCCUAGCUGGCUGUGCUGCUGCAAGAGAUCCGUGGAUCCUACUCAUUCAGUCCACUAUCAUUGGCUUGCUGUGGUGUCCCUUGCCGUUCUCUAUAAUAUGGUUUUCGUGAUUGGCCGAGCCGUGUUCUGGGAGCUUGAUAAGGCUUCUACUUCCUGGUUCGCGCUUGACUACCUCUGUGACGCUAUUUAUUUGAUUGACACCGCUAUUCACAUGCACGAAGGCUAUUUGGAACAAGGGAUUAUGGUAAAGGACGCCAGGAUGCUACGGCAGAAUUAUAUGAAGUCUGAUUGGUGGCCAUAUGAUUUCAUUUCUUUAAUUCCAACUGACAUCGCUUAUUAUUGGUGGCCGCCGGGAAAAUGUGACUUUGACCGUUUGCCGUGCCCUGUUAUUGUCCGACUCAAUCGUUUGUUUCGACUGCCCCGCAUGUGGGAGUGGUUCGAUCGUACUGAGACCGCUACAAGCUUUCCGAAUGCCUUCAGAAUUUGCAAGGUCGUCAUGGCUAUAUUAGUACUUAUUCAUUGGAAUGCAUGUCUUUUUUUUGCUAUCAGUUAUAUGAUUGGGUUCGGAACAGAUAAUUGGGUAUACAAUAUAACGGGCUCGCGCAAUGAAACUUUGGCUCACCAAUAUAUUUAUAGUUUCUAUUGGUCAACUUUGACCCUCACCACUAUCGGUGAAACACCCCAACCCGAAAUUGAUGUCGAAUACAUUUUUGUCGUUUUGGACUUUUUGGCGGGAGUGUUAAUUUUCGCAACAAUCGUUGGUAAUAUUGGAUCGAUGAUUUCAAAUAUGAACGUUGCUAGAGUUGAAUUUCAAAACAAAAUGGAUGGAGUAAAACAAUAUAUGGCAUUUAGAAAGGUCAGUGGUGAAUUAGAGGCGAGAGUGAUCCGAUGGUUUGCUUACACAUGGGCCGAAAGUGGAGCAUUGGACGAGGAGCACGUUUUAGCGUCCUUGCCCGAUAAACUGAAGGCCGAAAUUGCGAUUCGCGUACAUCUAGAUACAUUACGGGAAGUUGAGAUUUUCAAAGAUUGCGAACCGGGAUUAUUGGAGGCACUUGUACUAAAACUGAAGCUUCAAGUGUUUAGUCCAGGUGAUUACAUCUGCAGGAAGGGUGACGUGGGUAAAGAAAUGUAUAUCGUAAAGCGUGGGCGAUUGCAAGUAGUAGCAGAUGAUGGAACCACAGUGCUGGCAACUCUAGGUGCGGGAUCUGUAUUUGGAGAAGUUAGUGUUCUGGAUAUAGCUGGAAAUCGCACUGGGAAUAGGCGAACAGCAAACGUGCGUGCUCUUGGAUACUCCGAUCUAUUUUGUCUUGCUAAACGCGAUUUAUGGGAAGCUCUGGCAGAUUAUCCAGAAGCCAGAGCAACUUUGACUAAGCGAGGUUGUCAGUUAUUACGAAAGGAUGGCUUGUUAGAUGAAACUGUGUUUGAAAGUGCAAAAACAACUCAGCUCAGCUUAGAAGAAAAUGUGCGUAAAUUGGAAUCAACUGUUGAUCUUUUACACAAUCGCUUACAAGGACUAUUAGCGGAUGUAGGACAAGAACAAGCUAAGCUGAAACAACGAAUAAGCAAAAUAGAGUGCAGAUUCGAUUCGGAUGAAGAAUUCGAUUCGGACGAUACAUCACCCGAGUUGUUACAUAAUGAAAGGAAAGCUACCAGCUCUAUGGAAUCGCCGUCCUGUUCAACACAGUAUGGAUCAACAAUUGACGCCAGUCAUCCGGUCCGAGAAAGAGGAUAUUCGCUCUGUGUGGACAGGUCACCAGACCUUCUAGAAAUUACACCAGAGCCACGAAGUAAAUCAUUGAGAUUAAAACGAAAGGAAAUUCCAAAUUGAAAAUAUUUCGACA